GGCUUUUUGAAGUUCUUAUUGAAAGGUUUGCUACUUCCCUUAGACAUUGCGCAUAAAAAACGAUGUCUUGUUGUACGCAACUUCAGGAUACGAUUGAUGAGGUGACAACUCAGUUUUACUCAUCGAUUCAUUAUUUGAGUUCACAACAUGAUUUCGUUCCAUUACCUGGACAAGAGAAAGCAUCGGAUACAAAAUUGAAUCCGAUUUCUGAGGAAGAAUUGAAAUUUGUUCAAAAAGAUAUGGCCAAGGACUUGAUCACAAAGUUUCAACAAAUAGAUACUCUUAUUCAACAGUUGCCUGGUAUUUCAACAGCUCCCAAACAUCAAAUGGAAAAGAUAAAGUCAUAUCAACAGUCAAUUGAAAAGAAAAAGAAGGAAAGAGAACAGUGUGAAGCUGAAAAUGAACGGCUAAAAGCUUCCUUAGCUGAAAGGAUAGAAACCUUUGGACAAGUAACUUGUGAAUUAUUUCAGUCACUCUAAAUGAAUUCGUUCGCUUCUUCAUACGCUUACUUCUUUAAUGGUAAUCUCGAUUUAUUUAUUUAUUCGUUUUUCGUCUCCAUUGCGACCAUGAAGAAUCAUAGACGGGUCGGUACACGUUUCUUUGCAGGAGUCCAAAGAAAAUUAUUUAUAUAGCACGUUGAGCGAAACAC